CGGAUCUCUUUUUUUGUUUGACACUAUGCAUGCCCGAUGCAUGCACGUCAACGUCAGAUUGCUUACCGGAAACUGAAACCUGGGACUUUUUCUGUUAUAAAUGAAGAAACCCUGGUGUCAAAUUCAAGUUCCAAUGAUAACCCGGUUCACCAACACUAUUCGCUAGCAGUGGGCAUACAAGGCAGGGACAAGUGCAAUUAAUUUUGGGAUUACCGUAUUGUAGGGGGCUGGAAUCUACCCCAAAAAGAUGGAGUCUGUCCCGAAACGUAAAUCAGUCCAGUAUGUACAUGCUUCUGGUGUUUGUGAUCUUUGUGGAAAACUUCCUUUUAGACAUUACUGUGAUCAUCCUGACUGCAAGAAAUAUAUAUGUAAUGAUUGCAUCUGUAUUCACAACAAGCUUUUGAAAAACCACAGCAAAUUUCUACAGCAUGUUGUGGUGAGUAAGUUAGAGAUCAAUUGUUCCAAGCCUGAACACUCGGACAUCCCUGCCUAUCACAUAUGUGUACUUUGCAAGAAACCGCUUUGUGAUGUGUGCUGUGAUGAAAAUUGGGAUCAAACUCAUGAUUUCACGGAGAUCCAGAGUGCUUUAGCAAAAAUGAAAAUUGAGAUGAGUAUCGAUUUGGAUAAACUUAAAGGUCAGGUUCAAAAGUGUCAGGAAUCAAUUGCUAGCGGUGCUGAACUUAAAGCAAAAAUCAUUGAAAUAUGUGCAAGUUUUAGGGACGACCUGCAAACAAAAUUUCGAAAGGUUUUCCAGCUUUUAAAGGAGCAGGAACGUGGAAUACUGCGAACACUUGAAGAAGAUAAGCAGCAGAUGCUUAAAGAUAUACAGAUGGUCAUGAAACCUGUUCUGGACCAAACAGAUGCAUCUUUAGCAGUCAUCGCAGAAGCACAAGGUAUCAUUGAUAGCCCAUCAGGCAAAGACAUCUUAUCAGAAAAAGAUCUUGUAAUUCAGAACACGAUGCAGGAAACAAAGCAGACAAUUGAUGUGCUACGAUUCAAUCAUGUAGGCCUAGACUCUCUAAAGAGUCAGAUAUCAAGAAUCAAGAUAGUCCCGGAAGAGACUAUAUGUGACAUUGGUCAUGUAAAGCAGGAGUGGAAGCAGUUACCGCAUAUUCCUUUGACUGCAGCUCAAAGCUCUUACAUAGCGCCUCAUCCUGAUGGUGGCCAUGUUGUGGGAGCAUCAUACCUUGUCUCUCAGCCCCGGACAUCUGCAGAAGCUCCUGUUGCACCUCAGGAGCUGGAUCAUUAUGUUUCCACGCUUUCCAUCUUCACUUAUGAAGGAAAGCUCUCCUUUUUGGCUGAUAUUGGAAAGACCCUUGGAAAUGAAAGGAUAAGGGGAAUUACUGUUUUUCCUACUGGUAAUGUUGCUGUUCUGGGAAAGAGCAUCCAGAUCUAUGGACCAGACUUCAAGCCCCUCUCUCACAUUCAGCAACUUCCUGGCCAUGAAUGGCAUUCCAUUGCUGUUGCACCAUCUGGCGAACUGCUCGUUGGCGAUUGCACCAAUUGCCGUAUUGACAUUCUGACCUUAGGAGUUAAAGAGGAUACAUGUAAGUCUAUUUCAUGUGCUGAGGUGAAGCCUCGGCAGCUAUAUGCUCUUCCUGCUGAUAAGUACGUCAUAGUGCAACCAGGACAUGAAGACAUAGACCCCAUCGUCAAGAUUAUAAAUUCUGAUGGCCAUGUUGAAACAUCACUGUCAGAUAUUUCUUGGGAAUAUGUAUACUGUUCUCCCGAUACUUUGGGAAACCUGUACAUUGCAGCUUUGAAAAUUGAAAAUGAAGAAGCUGCUCUUGCGGGGACAAUCAAGCAAAAGUUGACAUUUGCAAGGUAUACCACCCUCGGAAGAAAAAAGGAGAUUAUCUUUGAGGGGGAGAUCGGGGAGACCAGUUUGGGUGUCAGUGUUGCUGCUAAGCAGGUAGCAUUGAGUCUUAGAGAUAAAAUUAUGAGAUUUGAAUAGAAUGGUUGAGAGAGAGGACAAUAGUGGAAGUUGGGAAGAAAACUUUUCCAGCCAAUCUGUUCAUAUUGUUAGAGAGAGAGACCCAGUUAUCAUUACUGUCCAUAGAAUUCCAAAACCUCCAAUGCCAUUUAACUCCUAAACCCUGAUCAUAAAAAACCAACCCUAAGUGACGUCAGCUAACUUCAAGAAACAAAAGUUUUAAGAAGUAUGACUCACACUUCGAACCCCAGUCACUUGCACAGAGCAUCACCACACCCCUUAUAACAGAGAAAGUUUGAUAGACAGUUACCUGUAGACCAAUCAGAGCAAGUCUAGAUCCAUCCCACCUUAAAUUGCUACACCCCCAAAACUAAUGAUGUAAAUAAGACUUCUUUUUUUAUAGAGAGAGAUGAUGCUAGACCCACACUCAUCCAUAUAGACUGACUGACUUCAAGACUUAAACGUCCAUCCAAUAUUAUUUUAACUUCAGAAUCUUAAUCUUUUACUUCAGAAUUAUUUUAUUCAUCGUCUCCUGUUUUAUCUGAAUCUUCAUAAUUAUAUUCAUAUACUUUGAAUUGUUAAACUGUAUCUCAUUAUUGAUUAUUGAAUAACCUGUGAUUUUGAACUGCAAAUAACUUUCUUCAGAGUUCAUCAUUUAUGUUCAUUUAAGCUUCCCUUCAUAUAAUACCGAUCCCAAACAUGACAGUAGACUGAGAAUGGGGUCAGAGAGCACUUUAAUGCCAUUUUUCACAUUUUUUUUUCAAAUGUUUUUUUUACUUUUGUUAUGACAGAGAUUUAUCUCUACUUCAAACUCACAAAAAAUUACACUAAAGCAAUCAUAUAGUUAAGUAAGAAUGAAAUCGUCCUGCUUUGGACCUUUAAUCAAAAGUUUGCAUCUUGUAAACAAAGUUAAAAAAAAGUAAAAAACCAAAAGUUUCUUCCAAUUUCCAACACCAUGCUUUAAUUAUAAUAUCAGCAGGUUUGAUAAACUUGUAAAUCGAACAUUAUUUUACAAUUUGUUUGACCGUCAUUCAAUCCCAAGGCAUUUUACUUUUAUUUUGGCUAUUAGUGGAUUAUGACUAUGAGCUCGCUAUUUCAAUCUAAGCCUAAAACGUUAGGCCUACUUUAAUAGACUUAGCUUAUAUAGUUCUACUUCUAGAUCUAGAUUAGAUUUUACCUAAAUUACCAAAAAUACAUGUUGCGGAUCGUUGGGGCCCAUACGGUAUUAGCAGCGACACUUCAGUUUUAUUCAGGGGUUUUCAUGGUGUACUCACAGUCCAGUUCGCGAUUUAAUUGCAUAAAGUUCAUCCGCUAUGUUGAACUAGUUGACAGCGUUCACUGUGCAGUUCUCAUUAAUGUUGUGUAUUACAUCUCAGAAGUGUGUGUAGUCCCAAUAGUUCAUUUACAUGUUGUGCAGAAACAUGUUCAAACUCGGUUCCAAAUCUCACUAUUCAACGCGUUGAAACACUAGCUCAGACAAAAGUCCACCUCUGGGUAGAAAGGUUAAUCAGUUCAGCUAAUAGUCAAGAUAAUUAACUUUCAUCUCGGAUCAAAAUCAUACAGGGUUGAAAAGAAAAGAACGACGAAGUUUCGCCCGAUAAAAUAAAAGACGUCACUUUUCACUUUUUACACAGUUCAUGCCCUUGCCAUCCCAAUCCUUUUUUCGAAACCAUGGAAACAGUCCGUUAGCCUUGUUCC